AUGUAUAGGAGGUAUAAUACACGUGACGUCAACUUCAAGUGUCCUAAGGGCUGGGCAGAAUUUCGUGGCGAAUGUCUCUUGUUUAGUCCUGAAAAGAAAAAUUGGUUUGAGGCACAUGACACCUGUAGAUCUCAUCAGGCCUAUUUAGCGACAGAUGACAGUGCAGAAAAACAUUCAUUUAUGAAAAAAAUUCUCAGUAUCUUAGAUGGUUUCAGAAACUUUUUCAUUGGAGCAACAGAUCUAGUUUUUGAAGGGCAAUGGCUUUGGGUAGAGAGUGGUACCGCACAAAAAGGUUACACAGCCUGGGGACCAGGUAAACCAGAUAAUAAUGCGUCACUUUCUAUAAAAAAGAACUGCUUGAUGUGUUAUUUGGAUGAGCUACAGAUUUUGUUAAUGCCGAACAGAUUUUCGGCUGAAGAUACUGAUACAGAGAUAGGUUAUUAUUAA